GAGAGGCUGUGUGGUCUAUCUUAGUUUACAUGAAUCUUUGAAGAAGAAAAAUAUGAAGAUUGUACGUCAUCAACACGCGUCUCGACAAGCGGGAGUUUGAGAAGCGGAAGAAGUUUCUAAACAGCCUUUUCUCAGAGCCGUGAUGUCUCAGAGAAAGAGAGCAUCCAACACACAGAGCUCCCAGAACAAAGGAGUUCGGUCCCAGCGUUGGGAGGCGGUGCUAGGUGAUGAUGAGGAUGACCCGUCCUUCACCCAGCCCAGUACGUCGCAGGUACAGAAGGGUCUGGACAGACUGACACCUGCUCAGGUCGACCUAAAGACAGCUGAGGUUGUCCAGUUCAUCUUCGUUAAGGACCAGAAAAAGUUCCCCAUCCGCAGAGCAGACAUCGUGAAACAUGUUGUGAAGGAGUACAGGAACAUCUACCCUGAGAUUAUAAAGAGGGUGGGAUGUGUUUUUGAGACCGUGUUUGGUCUGAAGCUGGUGGAGAUCGACUCUAAGAACCACGUCUACAUCCUCAUCAACAAACUGGAGCAGCUAGAGGGAGAAUCUCUCAACAUGAGUCCCAGUAAUCCAAAGACAGGUCUACUCUUCGUAAUCCUCAGCAUCGUCUUCAUGAAGGGGGGUGUGGUCAAGGAGAGUAUGGUGUGGAACACACUGAAGAAGCUGAGAGUUGAUCAAGGGGAGAGACACGAGAUUUUUGGAGAUGUGAAGAAGGUCGUUACUGAUGAGUUUGUCCGUCAGAGGUACCUGGAGUAUGUGCGUAUCCCACACACAGAGCCGUUGGAGUUUGAGUUCCGUUGGGGUCAGAGGGCAGACAUGGAGGUGUCAAAGGUCAAACUACUGGAGUUCAUUGGACAGCUCCAUGAACAGGAUCCUCAGAGCUGGACUCAGCAGUACAGAGAAGCCACCGCCCCUCCUGCCGCCCCGGCAGUUGUCACCUCUGCUAACACGAGCGCCAGUGUUAGCCAGAGAUAGAGGGGGGUUGUGGGAAGUCAUUCUGUGUGUUUGUUUAGUGUGUGUUCUACUCCAGUCUGUUUCUGUUGGACUGUUCUGUUAGUGAAACAAUAACAGUAGAUAAUCGCACACCGGUUCAUUCAGUCAUUGUUAUAUUAAUUUAAGGUGACAUUGUUUUCAUUUGUCAAGUUCAACAAUAAAAAUGAUUUUAUACAAAUGUUAUUUUUUACCCUCAA